AUGACGGAUUUCACCAAUGCCACAUCUCAAACUUUGGAAAAAUUACGUACCGCCGAAGACAAACUAACCCAAAUGUUAUGGAAUGCGGGAAAUAUUGUUCAACAAUUAAGUGCCGAACAAAUCAACAAAGAACAAACGGACUCGUUAGUUCGAAUUUUUUCUGAGAAUGCACAAAAUGUACAAAGUUUAUUACAUGAAAGCGUGGCCAGUUUAGAACGCAUUUCAUCAGGUCUCCCACAUGAAGAUUCAUGUUAUGCAGCUUGGUUAGAUUACAAUUUAGCAUCAAUGAGAACCGAAAGUAUACGAAAUAAGUUAUAUGAAUUGAAAAAUAAUCCCGAACUCCAACGAAGCCGCCAACGUGUCAAACAACUUGAAGCACAAUUAGCUCAACUUUGA